UUUGCUGUAGAAAUGGAUUUUAUGAUGGGUAGGAAUGGGGAGUGCAUGUAAAUAUGAUAGUGGUUGGAAAAUAAAAAUAAAGGAAGAGAAGGAUGGGAUUGUGCUUAUUGGCAUUAAAUUUCUUUCAAUUCUCUGACCUAGAGAGUUGAAACAUUCUUCUUUUCUUCCUCCUCUUCUAUGUUGGUCAUCUUUGAUUUUCCUCAAUAUGUUGGUUAGCAUAGCGGGUCAUGCUACCCCCAUUAAAGAAUUAUUGUGGCUGCUUUCUCUCAUUGCUGGUAUCAUCAUCUGUAAACUUGUUUAUCAAUUAACAGGUGCUAUAAGCCCUUUCUUCUUCACGGGAUAUGUUAAACUUGAUUGCCAGAAGAAACUUGAAUGGAACAACCGAGGGUUUUCUACUUUCCACGCGCUCCUUGUAACAGCUGCUUCUUUAUAUCUCUUGCUUGAAUCAGACCUUUUCUGUGAUGGUGCUCAGGAUGAGUUAAUGAUAAAUAGAACAUCAGCUUUUUCAGACACCAUACUCGGGAUCUCCACUGGCUACUUUCUGGCAGACCUGGCAAUGAUUUUCUAUUACUUCCCAGCCUUGGGCGGAACGAAGUAUGUCUUACAUCAUGGACUUUCAAUGUUUGCAAUUGUUCAAUCCCUUUUAAGUGGUCAAGCACAGAUAUAUAUAUUUAUGGUACUUUUUACUGAGAGUACUACUCCCUUUGUUAAUUUAAGAUGGUACCUAGAUGUUGCUGGUCAAAAGAACUCUCAGCUUUAUGUAUUUAAUGGAGUAGCUUUAUUUCUUGGGUGGCUGGUUGCAAGGAUUCUUUUGUUUCUCUUUUUUUUCCAUCAUAUGUUUAACCAUUUUCAUCAGAUCAAGAACGUUUAUCCACUGGGAUUCUACAGCUUGUUGACUGUACCUCCUAUUUUGGCACUGCUAAAUAUGGUCUGGUUUUGGAAAAUCACAAAGGGUUUAAUUAAGACUUUGAGAAAGGCUAGACACAGCCAGUAGCAGACAACAACAACUACUACUCUUUUGAAGCUUGUGCAUCAAGUAAAGCUGUUUUCCGAUCCCUACUUCUUCAUUGAAUUACUGAGCCAACAAAACAAGUGAUUGUAAACUAACAUUUUUACAGUAUCUUUGUCAGAAAAUGCUAAUCAUAAACGUGACAUCUCUUUCAA